ACCAGUGAGGAGAGGACGCCGAUUCCCUGAUUAUUUCACCGCUGGAGGAAGAGAAAAAAAAGCAACACAUCCAAAGCCACGGCGCACGGGUAGCACACACGUCAGAGCCUCAUUAACGAGUGGAGAGACUGAAGACAGCGCUGAUUUCUUGCAGGGAUCGGCUGUUGGAAGCGUCAUGGCUGCUGCAGCUCUUGGGGGGGCUCUGGACGUGGGCUUGUGGACGACAUUGCUCCUCAUCACAUUCCUUCCUCAUGCCAGGGCUGUGGUGGGGCACAAAGAACCGAUACCAGACGACAGCAAAGACAACAUCACUAUUUUUACUCGCAUUCUCGACAGGCUGUUGGAUGGAUAUGACAACCGGCUACGCCCCGGGCUUGGAGAGAGCGUGACAGAAGUGAGAACAAACAUCUAUGUGACCAGCUUUGGCCCAGUGUCGGAUACAGACAUGGAGUACACCAUCGACGUGUUCUUUCGGCAGAGCUGGAGAGACGAGAGGCUUAAGUUUGAUGGGCCGAUGCAGAUCCUGCCUCUGAACAACCUGCUGGCCAGUAAGAUCUGGACCCCCGACACCUUCUUCCACAACGGCAAGAAGUCUGUGGCCCACAACAUGACAACACCGAACAAACUGCUCCGCCUAGUGGACAACGGCACGCUGCUCUACACCAUGAGACUGACCAUUCACGCCGAGUGCCCGAUGCACCUGGAGGAUUUCCCCAUGGAUGCACACGCCUGUCCUCUGAAGUUUGGGAGUUAUGCCUACACAAACAACGAGGUGAUUUACUUGUGGACUCAGGGGGACGAGAGGUCUGUGGCCGUGGCAGAGGACGGCUCCAGACUCAACCAGUAUGAUUUACUGGGACAUGUCAUUGGCAAAGAGACCAUCAGCUCUAGCACAGGAGAAUAUGUAGUGAUGACAACAUAUUUCCAUUUGAAAAGGAAAAUUGGCUAUUUUGUGAUUCAGACCUACCUCCCGUGCAUCAUGACUGUCAUACUGUCUCAGGUCUCCUUCUGGCUAAACAGGGAGUCAGUUCCAGCGCGGACUGUAUUUGGGGUCACCACUGUCCUAACCAUGACCACCCUGAGCAUCAGUGCUAGAAACUCCCUCCCUAAAGUGGCCUAUGCCACGGCCAUGGACUGGUUCAUGGCUGUGUGCUAUGCCUUUGUCUUCUCUGCAUUGAUUGAGUUUGCAACAGUCAACUACUUCACCAAACGCAGCUGGGCAUGGGAUGGGAAAAGAGAGGGCAUGGAAAUCAGGGAACCGUUUCAGGCUAACAUGGCCAGGAUUAAAGAUAUGAGGAGAGAAUCUGCCGUUUUGACCAAAAAAGCAAACAACACCUUCAACAUUGUCGGAACAACCUACGCUCUCAAAGACCAAGGCUUGACGACCAUUUCCAAGAGCGCUCCUGCCGCACCGCUGCUCAAACACACCCUAAGAGGCAUGGAUGACCCCUACACAGAGGCCAAGAAGUCCUACAACCGAGUCAGCAUAGUGGACAAAAUCUCACGCAUCAUUUUCCCCGUCCUCUUCUUUGUCUUCAAUCUAGGCUACUGGGCCACGUACGUCAACAGAAAACCAGCUAUCAUGAAAGCUAACAACCCCAAUGGAAUCUGACCAAAUUUAAACUAUAAUGUGGUUCAGAGCAUAGGAUUUGCAGGAGGCCAAGUUCAAAGUUCAUCUCAUCCUACUCUGUGUGUGCGUGAGAGUUCAAGGACACGUGCUUGGAUGUUUAAUACUUCUCUUUUCUUAAGGAUUUGAUAUUUUGCACGUUCAUUUUAGACCGAGGGCAGAUACAGUAGAUUCACAUGUAGUUUUGGACAUUGUCGGCAGCACAUUCUCAUGACACUGUCUCUGUGAAGAUUUUUUUUUUUUUCAGUUAUUGUUCAAAUGUUUUACCUUAAUUGCUUGCCAAUUUAUGGAUUAGUCAAAUUGUGUGUCUGUUAUAUUUUGACAUGUUUGCACUACACUUGUAACAAGUUCGAGCAAGCAUGCAUUCAGUGUUUCAUUGUAGCUCAUUAGCAACAAUAGGGUUAUGAGGCAUCCAUCCAGUUAACAUGUCAGCAGAAACACACACUGACGCAUCCGAAAGGCCAGUGAGCCAUGGCAGCUUUACUGUGCUCCAACAGCCUAGGGCAGCCUGCGCGACUCCAGAGAAACGUUUUAAUAAUCACCAUCAUCAUCAGGCCUUCAUCUCUCCCUGAAUCUCAACAGCCCAAAUGCAGUUUCAUCUGGAAUUGGUUUCACAUCCCAUGAGUCUGCAUGUACAUUUUCUAGUCCAGUGAUUCUUAUUGUUUUAACUGGCUGAGUAUGUUUAAAGACAGAGAGUGCCUUGGUGAAUACUACACACACACAUGAUGAGAAAACUCCAAACACAUGAGACACACGACAAUGCACAAAGGUCUGUCUGUAUAUAACAUGUAAAUAAACGCUGGUGUCCGCUGGCUCACCACACGUCCCAGAGCUUUAGGCGAAGGAACCAAGUGUAAAAUGACCCAUUAGUGCGAAAGGUUAAGUGCCCACUGCUGUGAAAAAGAAGGAAAGAAAGAAGAGAUUAAACGGACCCGUGCGCUCCAUAAGAACUGUGUGCAUUCAUGUUGUGCUGUCUUAUAAACAUUACCUCAAGUCAAACUAUCAAAAAACCCAAAUUAAUAAAUCUUAAUCUGUGUUUACUGAAAGAUAGGCACUCUUUGUUGAGCCUUUUCAUAAUAUAAUUUAUCAGGAAUUCAUUCGGUGUUUUGCUUAGUGUUCAGUUGAAAUAAUAGAACCAAAUGCAUAAUAAUCAGAAGCACUAAAAGUCAAAGCUUGUUUUUGUUGUUUUUUUUAUAUUUUACAUUGAAAAUUUAUAUCUGUUCUACAUUUCCUUUUGGAUUUGCCACAUGUUUUUAUAACCCCUUGAACUAUUUUACUUCUAUUCUAUAUGCCCCCCACAUUACAUGGUGUUGUCUAUAUCAGUAGCAAUAUAGAUAAUUGUACUAAGAGUGUUAGCCAGCCUAAAGUAUGUAUCAGUCAUAGGUUAAUGCAUGACAAUCUGUACUACAUGUGUUUGUCUCACUGACUAUGGCUUAAUACCAGUGUUUGUGUGGCUCAGUUAUCACCUGUACUCUGCAGCACUGCCUCUCCAUGCAUCUAUAAAGCUCUGUGCAUUUUGAUGCGAUGCUAAUUUAUAAUUGGCACAAACAUCUGAAAGUGUUUUAGCCUCAUUGGGCUCUAAACAGAAUCAAGCAAAGGUCUAGUAUAGUGCAACCCCCCACUGGGCUGGAGGUACGCCCACUCUUUCUUAACACAACCCCAGCAGUUUGUUUGUAUUAUUGACACUGUCUGCUAUUUCAUUUGAAUAAAACAUAACGUUUUUUUUUACAUUCUGGACAUGUUUGAGAAGUUAACUUAGAGGACAAAGAGGGAAACACUUUCAGAUGACCAAACUCAUUAUUUACUGUCUGUCAAAAGAAUGUAAACAUGUUAUGUCAAAAACUACUGGGAACUGUCACAAAUAUCAGGGUACACUAGGCCAAAUGUAUCACUACACUGAUGCCAUGUCAUUCAAAAAGGUGUGUACAAAACCUGUCUUGCAUUUAGUUAUCUGUAUUGUGUUUAUUUUGUUUUCAUUAUUCACUGUCAAAGGGUCAGAAUGAGCCUCAGCAAAAAUCAUGACAUUUAAUAGCAUACAGUAUAUUCAGAGUAUAAGUAUAUUUAUGCUAUAAAGUACAGCAUUAAAUAUUCUAUGUUUUAUACAACAUUACCUGUACAGCAAUGAUGCAAAUCUCCUGAGGAGUAUGGAGUUGUAGACAAAUACAACAGAAGAUAUAUGGAAGAUAAUAAUGAUAGCUGCACAGAAUAGUGUAACUAUGUUGUGAAUUUGUAGAUAUUGUGAAAUUAUUCCUAAGGUUUAAGUGAACAUGGGUAUGUCAUGUGAAUUAUUUUUACAUGGGAUAAUUUCUGCUGUCUUACAUUGAGCUCUGUAACACUUGGUGUUAUAGUAUUUGUAAAUGUGCAGUAGAGAAAACAGAUCGGACCUUUGUGGACUAUACAAACCCUGACUGUGUAACAGCAGCGCCGCGCAGCAGCGUGGUGCUGCUCACUGCAUGUGUAUAUGCACUGACAGAUCAAAGGUUUCAGCAAAUACAGCUCCAGGAAAAGGACUUGAACUGGCUCAUGUGCUCAGCGACUGGACUCUACAUGUCGCCCUCUCAUUGUAUGUCUACUGUAUAAGAUGUAGCAAAUGGAAAUAGGAAUUAAAAGGAUAUGUUGUAUUGUAUUGGUCUUGGAGUUACAAAGCCCUUUUUAGUCAUAUUUGACUUUUAAACAUGUAAAUCUGUACAACGGUGGCUGUGCACUUAAUACUUAAUAUCUGAUUUAUCAAAGUUUUCCCAGUUCAAAUCCACAAGACAAGGCCUACAGCAAAGCACAGUGUAGUGAUCCUGCAGUGACUGCAUAUAACUGCCAAGAUACCAUUUCUAAAUGUUUUCCUGAGCUCAUCUUUUAUAGAUCUAAUGUUGUGCAUCAGUGUCAGUUACAUAACUGAAUUUGAUCAGAGAGAAUAGACUCAUUUCUACAACAAGCCUCUCAAAUCUAAACAAACAGUAUCACUCAUAAAGUAUGUAAGAAACCUACUGCAGUGAUAUGUAGUACUGAAGUGGUAAAUACUUUACUUAACUGUGUUCACACACGCUAGAUGCACCAGGGAACUCUGGACACAAGUACUGCAACUAUUCAUUUAGUCAGAAUGUUUUGUGGCUUAAAUUGGCCAUAUUCAAAAUCCUUCUGCAACACUGCCAAAAAUAGCUUUUCAUUUUCACGUCACAAGUUCCAGAAAAGUCCAGAAUUUCCCAUGACAGAGCAGGCUACAGCAGAAGUCUUGUCACUUUGAAGGUUACUCUUUCUGUUUGGCUGUUGUCCAGCCCAAAGGGGCUUAUAGCUGCAGGACCACAAUUAUAUUUAAAGUGAAAAUUCUGCGAAUUUUCGUAAAUAUGAGGUUGUUUGCUCGCUUUUGCUUGCUUAAAUAAAUAAACAAGUCCUGAUAAAUGAAAUAGGUAUGCUUCAUACCACUUGUAAGUACAGUACAGUGCUUUGUGCUUGUGUGCUGCACCAGUGUUGUGCUUUUGCCUGGUCUGAAACAAAGAAAAUUUACACCAGUGAAAAGUCAAAUAGAGCUGUCCUGAGACGUGAUCAUCCUUUUUGUAAAUUAGGGUAGAGUAAAGAAAUUUUCAAUUGUAUGAGUCUAUUGAAAAUAUACGCAAAAAAAUAAAAUACCAUCUUUCUUCAGAUCCAAUCCUAAAAUAUGCCCCAAAUUCUAAUGGUUAUUUCACAAGCAACAAUGCAGUGGCAUUAUUACAUAAUAACAACGCUAACUUAGAGCCAUUAUAGGACCACAUAUGACCUCAGUCAUUUGUUAGCCAUACAUGUUAUAAUGCUAACAAUGCAAAUAGGGCUACAGUGCAUUCUUCCUCUGUGAAAUGAGCAUGUGUAUUUUUCCCAACACAAGAGGUUUUGUGUGUGGAGAGCUGAUGAGUUAUCUCCACUGUCUUUGUUAGAAAACCCCAGCAUACAAUGUUUCACCUGUAAACCUCUGUCCACCUUUCUUUUAUACUGGCCAGUCGUGGGGCUGCUGAUAAACUGUUCAUCCAUUGAUCCAGGAGUUGCUGCUCUUUACAGUAAAUAAAGAAUAAGUGCUUUCA